AUGCAGAGUAUUCUCAACCUGAACAUUUCCAGAAGGUUUGUGGCUCACUAUCCUGAAGCUGUUUUUGGAGCUUUGUCAGGAACUCCAUUGUUUGCCAGCCUUUUCUGUACAGCUAUGCAACAUCCAGGAAAAUAUUUUUCUCCAGAAGAAAUCUACAAAGUUCAGAUGGAAGUAAGUAAAAGCAUAGAAUCAGUAGGUUUGGCACAAGAGGACGACCUAACAAACUUUUUGUCUGCUCUUUUAGUCUGGCUUAAUCCAUGUGGAAUGAAUACAAGUUGCAUGCUGUACACAGCAAUCGCUUGUGAAAAAUGUCAGGAGGCUCUACUUGACAUCAGAGAACUUGGUCCCAUCCUUUACCUCCCACCUCCACUACCUUACGACAGCAUCACAUCUCUGCUUAAUCGGUGGGUUUCUGAGACCUAUGCAGAAUGUUGUGACGUCUGUUUCUCCAAUUUAAAGAGAAAAGAUAUCCUCAAUCACACCGAUGUGAUAGCCUUGCAUCUGCCACGGUCAUACAACCAGGUUGAUUUGAAAUAUGCAGUGACUCCUAGUCUAACUAUUGACAUUCCUGUUAAAACCGGAACCCAGUUGUACCGUCUUUCCUCGGUCAUUUGCCGCCAAACCCUGAGUCCUCAGAUCGACCACUUUUACACAUAUCUAAUGUGUGGACAGCUGGUUUUUAAGGCUGAUGACGAUCAGGUAACAAUUUCAAAUACAGCCUCUGCAGCCGACAUUUGCCAUAACGGGUUUAUCUAUGUCUAUGAGAAGUACACAGAAGGACAGGACAAUUUUAGUGUUGGGUUCAAGGAGACCACUGUACAGAGAAUUUGCAACCCUGAAUUUGCAGUGAAUACACCAAUAAUGGCUAAAUCUGGGGCAAACAAUUACAACUCUGAAAUAGAUGCAACUUUGACAAAGAAUGAUAAAAACACCUGUUUUGAAGCUGAAGAAACAAACAUGGAAAACACAAUAAAUAUGGCAAAGGAGACAUAUUGCUGCACCCAUGAUGGUAGUCCUGAGGACAGAAGUACAAUACAGGAUGAAACUGGCGCCAGAGAUCUUGUUCAGGAAGAAAUGAUCACGAAGGAUGAAACGGACACUAAUGAUGAAGAAAUCAUUUGUGAAACUCAUUCAGACUUUUCUCAAAAUUUAAUAAUCACAGAAGAUGAGAUAAGUGACUUUUCUGAAGAUGACAUAGAAAAUAGCACAGAUUAUUUCUACAGAGCAGAAGACAACUCAAACCGAACAAAUUGUAAUCUUGAUCCAACAAUGUGCUUUUGUAGGUUUUCAAACUCCUUCAAUAAUUGUUGGAUGAAUGCCGCGAUGCAGAGUAUUCUCAACCUGAACAUUUCAAGAAGGUUUGUGGCUCACUAUCCUGAAGCUGUUUUUGGAGCUUUGUCAGGAACUCCAUUGUUUGCCAGCCUUUUCCGUACAGCUAUGUACCAUCCAGGAAAAUAUUUUUCUCCAGAAGAAAUCUACAAAGUUCAGAUGGAAUUAAGUAAAAGCAUAGAAUCAGAGGCUUUACUUGACAUCAGAGAACUUGGUCCCAUCCUUUACCUCCCACCUCCACUACCUUACGACAGCAUCACAUCUCUGCUUAAUCGGUGGGUUUCUGAGACCUAUGCAGAAUGUUGUGACGUCUGUUUCUCCAAUUUAAAGAGAAAAGAUAUUCUCAAUCACACCGAUGUGAUAGCCUUGCAUCUGCCACGGUCAUACAACCAGGUUGAUUUGACAUAUCCUGUGACUCCUAGUCUAACUAUUGACAUUCCUGUUAAAACCGGAACCCAGUUGUACCGUCUUUCCUCGGUCAUUUGCCGCCAAACCUGA